CGAGGGGCCGGGCCGUGCGGAGGGGAGCGGCGCGGCGGGUCCCGCCCGAGCAGCCUCCUAGGGCCGAGACCCGGAGCCGGCGCGGGACCAGCGUGUCCGGGUGGGCGUGCGGGCGGUCGCCCGAGGCUGCCGGCCCGGGGCUCCUCCCCCCACCUCCAGCGUCCUUGCCGGGCUCGGGGAGGAAACGCCUUGCGAUACCGGGGAGUUUUCUAGGACAGAUCAGACCUUUUGUGACAAUGCCUGAAAUAAAUUUUGAUAAGUUGGAUAAGGAGCAAGUUCAACUGCUCUCAGAGAUGUGCAUUCUUAUUGAUGAAAAUGACAAUAAAAUUGGAGCUGACACCAAGAAGAAUUGUCACCUGAAUGAAAAUAUAGAUAAAGGAUUAUUGCAUCGAGCUUUUAGUGUCUUCUUGUUUAACGAUGAAAAUAAGCUGCUGCUACAACAGAGAUCAGAUGCUAAAAUUACCUUUCCAGGUUGCUUUACCAAUUCCUGUUGUAGUCACCCACUUAGUAAUCCAGGAGAGCUAGAAGAAAAUGAUGCAAUUGGAGUAAGAAGAGCCGCUCAGAGGCGUUUGAAGGCCGAAUUAGGAAUUCCAAUGGAAGAGGUUCUUCCAGAAGAAUUUACUUAUCUAACACGAAUGUAUUACAAGGCCCAGUCUGAUGGUAUUUGGGGAGAACAUGAAAUUGAUUACAUUUUGUUUUUGAAGAAGAAUGUGACUUUGAAUCCAGACCCCAAUGAAAUUAAAAGCUACAGUUAUGUGUCAAAGGAAGAACUGAAAGAACUUCUGAAAAAGGCAGCCAAUGGUGAAGUUAAGUUAACUCCUUGGUUUAAGAUUAUUUCAGAAGCUUUUCUCUUUAAGUGGUGGGAUAAUUUAAAUCAUUUGAGUCAGUUUAUUGACCAUGACAAAAUACAUAGAAUGUAAAUAGGGAAGUGAGUGAUUAGUAAAAUGCUGAAAUUUUUAAGCAAUUUGGUUUCUAAUUCACAGAUAUCUUAUUUGAAAAUUUGAUACUUUGCAACCAGAGAUUGUGGGGGAAAGACAAAUUUAUUUCACACACUCAUUUAUGUGCUAUCUGUAAAAGCCACAUACCAGAAAUAGUUGGGAAAAAGAGAGAAGGCAAAUGAACUAAGCAUAUGAUCAUAACAGAUUUGAGCAGAGUAUGUGAAGCUCCUUGUUUUGUUAAGAUAAAGGGGAUUUUUUGGGGGGCUUUGUUUUUUGUUUUGGGGAUAAACAUUUUUAGAACACAGAACUUUGCCAUCUGCCAGCUGGUUUACAUAUCAUUAAAAUUUUAUCUAAGUAUUGUUCAAGGGAAAAUAAUGCUCUCUAUACCAAUUCUGCCAUUGUAGUUUGUGUGUUUAAUCAGUUUUAUAUUUAAAGUCAAACAUUACUUUUGGUUAUGGUAUUGGUUAGGCUUGGUCUUUUGUUUUGUUUUGGGGCCAUACCUGGUGAUGCUCAGGGCUUACUCCUGGCUCUGCGCUGAGGGAUCACUCCUGGUGGGCUUGGGGAACCACAUGGGGUGGGUUCCAGGAAUCCAGACACCCUCCCACUGUACUAUCUCUCUGCCCCUACAUUGAUCUUUUAAAUUGUCUUUGUCCAUGAAAGUGGCUUUAGAGUCACUGUGCAUUUACAGCUUUUGUCAGUCUCUGAAACAGAUUCUUAACCUAAGCACCAUUGACAUUUGGGCUGGAUAUUUCUUUGUUGUGGGGGUUCAUCCUGUGCAUUGUAGGAUGUUUAACAUCCCUGGCACUACCCGUUGGAUACCGGUAGCACCUCUUCAUGAAGUCGUUUGUCACCAGGUGCCUCUCCUCGGGACAGAAUCAUUGUUCUCUGAAGGCCAUAUUGUAGAAGAAGGAAUAGGAUUUGUGUUUAGUAAUUUUGGAUUAUGGGACAUUUAUUCAUAUUGAAACUGUGAAUCAUGCACUUUUAAAAACUCUUGACAUAGGGGCUGGAGUGAUAGCACAGCGGGUAGGACGUUUGCCUUGCACGCAGCCGACCCAGGUUCGAUUCCCAGCAUCUCAUAUGGUCCCCUGAGCACUGCCAGGGGUAAUUCCUGAGUGCAGAGCCAGGAGUAACCCCAUGUACAUCUCCGGGUGUGACCCAAAAAGAAAAAAAAAAAAAAGAAACUCUUGACAUAGAUUUCUUAGAUUUGAAGUGUUAAGUGAUUUUACUACCUUUGACUUACAAAGCUCUAAAUGAUCCUAAAUUUAAGAGAAAAAUUCAUUUCUUAUUAAUCAUGAACUUUAUAAUUUUAAGACUGUACACCAAAUAUUUAUUGGAAAACAAUAAAAUAUUUUAUCACACUUUAAUGCUGUUGUCUACUAAAAAAAAUGGGGUGUGUGUAGCAAGUCUGUGCUCAGCUAUAACUACGGGGCAUCAAACCACUGUCGGUGAUUUUUGGGUUUUUGAGCCACACCUAACAAGUACUCAGGACUUACUCCUGGCCCUGUGUUCAGUAACCAUCUGGUAUCCCAAGGUUGAAACCCUGGUCAGCCCCGGGCAGGAAAAGCAUCCUACACACUGUACUAUCACUCUGAUCCUUAAAAUGUGUUCUAAAAAUUCUGUACCCAUUUGGAGCCGAAGCAGUAGAGCAGCAGACCCAGGUUUGAUUCGCACCGGGCACAGUGGUCUGCCAGUCUCCACCAGGAGAUGGCCCUGAGCAUAGAGCAAGAAAGAAGUAAACCUUGAGCACUGCCAGAUGUGCCCCCGCCAAAGAACAUUCUGUACACAUUUAAAUACCCUAACUAGGAGCUUUUUACUUCUCACUUCGGAAUUAGUAUUAAUCACAUGCUUUAAACUUCCAGAUUCAAAGCUGUGCGAUUCUCCUCACUCUGACAUUUUGUCUGAACUGAAUGUCCCACGCUCACCCAAAACAAGAGUGGUGGCAUGCUUCCCGUCGCCAGGCCUGACCUCUGUUAGGCCAGUUCCUCUCAUAGCUGGGAAGGCAAAGCAAGCACAGGACCACGUGACUCUUCCUCUCUGCUCCUCUCC